CCAAGAGAUACCAUACAAGAAGAGAGCAUGGUAGACAUUGUGGAUCUACUCGGUGACGAUAGCACGGACGGCGAAAGAGACGAUGACGACGUUGUCAUCGUUGAUCCGCCUCCAAAACCUCCACCGAAAGGACUUUCGGCGGCAACCGGAGGGCGAUCGCGAUGGCAACACUGCCAAUUCGCUAUGAAAGGUCAACGUCGGGGUGCGCCGAAGGGGUAUUAUUCCACAACGGAGAAGGCCGAGUCGGCCGCAAUAGCGAAACAACGAAAGCGUCCCGGUGCAGCGACGAUGGCGUUCGACUGUAACAGCGAUAGCGACGACGAAGUUUUUUUGUCACAGAUCCAGCCGAGUGGUUUGACGAGAUCUAGCAAGCCAGCAAACUCACCGCCUUCGUUGCACAACUGCAGCCACGUAUCGAGCAAGGGCCUCUUGAUGAACGAUUCCCGGCCAAUGACAAUCACAACGGCACCCACUCAUCACAAGCAACAAGUGGACCAAUUGCAAGGUGGUUCGCGUGCUACCGACGCUGCCUGGAAUGCCCAAGCGGGCGCUUCUACAACCCUACCGUCGGACAUGGGAAGGGGAAAGCCACUGCGAKCGAGUCCAAAGAAUCCGUACGCCAAACCCAAGAACGCGACUCCCGCUGCUCUUCGCAGGAACUCCUCCCUGGGGAGACGGUCCGUAGCCUCUUCCGGUAGCCGCAGCAUUACGACCCCUUUGUCUCUGGACAAGAGCCGGAACAAGGCGCUCGAAACCCCGCGAACCGGGGCACGGGGAUUGUCCUCGCUGGGUGAUCGUUCGAGCGCUUCCUCCAGAACAACUGGGAACAGUGUGAUUUCCUCUACGAGGAGGCGGCCGAUUGUUGAGAACCCGUAUCGCAGCUCUGGAAAGAAGAUCACCCCCAAACAAUCGUCUAGUUCGUCUUCUCUCACUAUCAAAGGAAGCCACGGCGUUUGCUAUCCCAGGCUCCGCGAAAAAACAAAGCUCUGGCCUGAUCUGAGAGCCAACAUCGUCUUAGCCCUCUGGAAGUUUUCCCGAUCCAACCUGACGAGGGAUUCCUACAAGUCGAAGCAGCUGGAUCAAUACACGGGUCGCAUUGUGGAUCUAACCGUCACGGCCCACGACUUUCCGGUCCGAUCCCUCGGCGAGUAUGCCUUUCGAAUCCGCACACACGCCGUGAAACGGGGAUGCGGAGGAGUCUCGAGCGCGGACGCCCUCAAACGAUUGGGAGACUGCCUGGACUCCACGGGGGCUAUGAGGAAAUCGCAAACGAUACCGGUGGGUGCCUCCGGGAAAGGAUUCUUUUCCAUUGCCGAAGCUUGCCUGGUCGCCAUGAAAGAGGUGAUCGUCCAACGGUGGAAUCGCAGAAUGGAGCAGCAGCAACAACAACCCAUGCGAUUUCCUACGGACGAGGCAUCGCAAAGGGCCCUGCUUUCCCAGAGAGAUUCCUUCGUCUCACUGGUAGAGCUGAUUCCAGAAAUCGAUGGGAGGCUCCGCCCCGAGUGCCCGGCAAAGCUUGGACGGAAAAGCGAUUCCGAUUACGGGGCCGCUUUUUAUCUGGCACAAUCAACCAUUUCAGCCGAAUUCAAGCAGAUCGAGAAACUUCUGGCACCGAUCGAUGUAGUCCUGCCGAACGGAUCGGUGGCGGUCACAGCGUAUCUCAAAAAGCGGUCCAUCGGCGGAAAACAGCACUACGAGCUGACGACGAGAGGGUUCGAGCCACCCCUGGUCAUUGAACAUAAACGACGCUUCAGACUGAGCACAACGGGGGACGUUUCGGGCCUAAAACUCGCCCGAGCGAUGCACAUUUGGUGCCACCUAAAAGGGAUUUGCAGGUGCAUUGAAAAUGGAAAUGCAUUCCAACCAGAAACAUGGACCAAGUUAUAACUCAAAAGAAAGAUUGCUUUUCUGUUAGGAGAUGCUGCUUGUACAAAGAUAUACUGUGUGAACGCAUGUAAUAGUGAACAAGGUGACAUUGGUAGAGCAUUGAAUCUAUGAGUCCUCGAGUGUGUCAAGAGUGUGGGACUAAACUGUGUGUCAAGUA